UAUCUACCUUCCAACUUUCUUGAAGGUCUGAAAAUGUUAGAGUUCCAAGCAGGGAAUCUUCAUAUUAUGUCCCUGUACCCUGACAUGUUCAUUCACACACCCCAGUUGUUGUCCAGCCAGAAUUGGUUCAAAGCCCUCUCCCCACAGCUCUUUCACCCAUGCCCCAAGCUCAAAAGACUCACCAUCUCCAAAACUGAACUUGAGUCAUUAGAUUUUCUCAUAGAAGCCAAACUCACUCAAGUCUGUUUCUUAGAAGUGAGACAUAAUUAAAUUACAUGGACCAAUGAGACAGUGUUGCACUCUCUCCCAGCCUUAACUCUCCUGGAUAUGCAAAGGAAUCCUUUCAUUUGUGACUGCAGAAAUGCUUGGUUUGUUCAAUGGGCUGAGAGCAACAACCAAACACAAGUUGCUUAUGCCCAUGACUAUCCAUGUAGCUAUCCAGACGAUCUCAAGGACACUAAACUGUUGGACCUGGACACCCACUCCUGUUCAGUGGACCUAGGCAUCUUCUACUUCAUCUCAACCACUUCUCUGGUCCUCCUCACCCUGCUGGGGUCCUUUAUCUAUCAUCUCCUGAGGUGGCAGGUGGUAUAUGCCUACUACCUCUUCCUGGCUUAUCUCCAUGUCACCAUUCUCACCGGGGUGGAGAGACGGGGACAUUGA